UUGCUUUAUUGUUCCGAAAUAAUUCCAGCUAAUGACGGAGGCGCUAAUUCUUUGGCAAAACAUUCCAAGGGAAAGGAAUACGUUGACGAGAAUGUAGAAGUUUCUUUCGAAAUUAGUUGGGAAGGUGCACCCGAGUUCCAAUGGAGAUUGUGCCACACCCCCGUAGAUGCUCGUAGGCUUAUUAUUGAAAACCUGUUUUGGGCGGAUCUACAGAAUGUGUUCAUAUACCGAGUUAUGCUCAAGGCUGAAACCGUCGACAUCAGUUUUCCAAUGCGUUUUAAUAUUGAAGGUUCAAAGCAGAUGUGUGGAAAACUGACGAUGACGUUCCAGUGGAGUAUGCAAAUUAUGAAUGAGGCGAUGCAGCAUUUAAUCUACGUUCGAUGUCCACAUGGCCGACGAAUCAAGAUAUUUCUUCCCCAAACUGUUAACCAGAAGGAAGAAUUUGAGAGCAAACUGGGUCGUGUUAUCCAACCAACUCGAAGAAUGCAUCAGUUAGUCGUCAAAGUCCUUCCAAUUAAUUAUGAGCGAGAACUGCAAUGUUAUUGGUUUUCUCGAAGAAGAUCCAUCGAGAGAUUUUUUAGCAUUAGUCCCUGUGCUAUCGUUACAAUGGCGAACGUUGAAGAAACAGUCAAGGCACAUUCAUCAAUUUCUUUUGUUACGAUCGAAAGAGAGGGAGAAGAGGACUGGAGAUGUCAUGUUUUUCUCCAUGGAGUCGAAGCACAUUAUGGAUCACUACUUACGCGCUGGGACAAAAAGAAACUUGCUGUGUUCGAUUCGGCGAAAAAGACUGGUAAACGAACAAAGCGCUCUUCUGCGGACAACUUGAAGACUUCCACCGCCUCUCACGUGGUGAAAAGAAUGCGUCCAAACGGUCCGAGUACUCGUCGAGGUACCACACGUGGUGGCGUACACACAUUCUAUCCUUCAAGGGGAUCCUACAAAGGUUUUUCAUUAUACAUUUCAUAUCAUGCAGGACUAGUGCUAACUACAGUUUAA